AUGAGCAGUAUUACUGGAUUACAAGUUAAAUCUCUUCGAAUCGGUGUUGAACCAGUUGAAGUGGAGCUAGAUGAAGAUGCAGGUAUACUGUGGACUUCACUUCAAACUGCAUUUCCAGGAUGUUCUGGGAUGUACUAUCGAGAACGCGGAGAUUUGUGUAAGAAAUCAGUUCGAUUCGAUGGAAAGAAAUUUAUGGCUCCCGGUGGAGCAUGGAACGAUCGAGAGUAUUAUGUGACUUUGAGUCAAAGAUGUCAUGCUGCAACUGGAAAUCCAGGGAACACUGCAUCUUAUAGUGACGCAACGAAGCAGUUUGAGAAGAGUGUUCAGGCUGUUCAGAAGAUGAUGUUGGCAUCUGGAAUGAAGAUUGACAUGAGUCAUUUCACGAAGAAACGUCAACACACGUCAUCUCGUGAAACUGCUUCUUCCACUUCGUCAUCUACAGUGACUCCUGAUCCAAUUCAGGCUAUUGAGGAACGCUCCCAAAUGUUAAAAAACGCUGGUCGAGAUUUGAGUCCUUUGGAACAACAAUUUCUGGAUUUAUGCCGAAUUUCCACUGCGAAAGAUCAAAUCAUUGACUCUAAUCGUCAGGAAAUUUCGAAAUUAAAUGAAACUUUGCGUAAUUUGGAGAAGAAUUUGAAAGAGAAUGAGAUGAAUUUGAAGGAAGCGAAUGCUAUGGUUGAAUGUAAACAACAAGAGUUGGAUAUGGUUAGUGAAGCAUUGAAAAGAUUGGAAGAAUCGAGACAUACGAUUAGUGAGUUAAAUCAGAAAUCCGGAGAUUUGGAAGGAAAUGUGACGGAACUUCAAAUGAAAUUGAUGCAUUUUGAGGAAGAGAAUCAAGGGUUGAGAGCUAAUUUGGAAACGAGUCACAAUAGAAUCAAGGAAAUGGCUGACUCGAUUUCAAUGCUCACUUCUUCAAAGGAUAUUUUGGCAAAGGAACUAGACCAAUUGAGACCAUUCGCAGAGGCAGCUGGAAUUGAAGAUUACGAGAAUAUCCCAACGUUCAUUCACGCAAUUCAGGAAAACAAGGAACUUCAGAAAGUCAAUGAAAAAAUGAAGAUCGAGACGGAAGAGUCGAAGGAAAACAGCAAGCAAAUGCAGAGUAUUCAUGCGGAAGUUUUCGAGGAAAAUGCUAAAUUACGGAAUAGAAAUGAGGAUUUGGAAAGACGUUUCGCUCAUGUUGAUGAUGAACUCACUUGUGUAAAUGAGAAUUGGGCAAAGGAAUUGAAAGAGAAACAACAGGAUUGGGAUAAGAUAAAAUACGCAGCAGAAUCUGAAGUGUUAUCACUGCGCGAACAGCUCGUUCAUCUUCAAUCAAUUCUCGAAUCGGCGACUCGGGAAGCAGCUGAAAAUGCUCGAAGAGUAUCAGAAUUGGAACACGAACGUCAUGAAAUUCGUCGUCUAUCGGAUGCAGUUCACAUAAAAACUCAGGAAGAACUAACACGUCAAGUGAGAAUUCUGAAAGAGAGAUUGGCUGAAUCGGACAGUCAAGUGGCUGAACUCAAUGUUCUUGUUUCUUCACUGGCAGCAGAUGCCACAGCUUCACGGAGAGAAAUUUCGGAUUUAUUUUAA